CAGGCAGUGGCGCGACAUUUUCUGGAAAAAGGUGUAUCGGCAUCUUGUCAUACAACAAGCACGACGAGACGAUGGCAUCGACAUGCACCGAACUACUUGCAAAGCAGCCCUCGUUUUCGCCGCGUCUUGCGGCGUUUGGAUCGACCAUGCCGCUGCUUUGUUGAGACCCCUGCUGAAGGCCUCCCCGAAAGGAUCCUCGUCGCCGUUGCCGCCCGAUGGUUGUGGGCGAAGGGCGAUUCUCGUUGAUGCUCCCCUGGCCGUUGCCGCAUCGGCCGGCCUGUUCCAAGCCACCACCACAACGGCGGCGGCCGCGGCGGAUUCCCCUGCUCCGGACAUUGCCGAUCCUCUUCUCUCGGUAGAAUCGGCGUCCCGGCUCGGUUCCCUGGAGGGAAGGCUGAGGCGGUACCCGGAUCCCGCCCUCCGCAACGUUGCUUCCCCGGUCCGGAACGCCCUCGGGAGCAGCGAGCUCGAUGGGGUGGUGGACCUCCUCUCCAACGCCAUGGUCGGAAACGCGACCACCGCCGUUCAGUACGGCAUCGACGCCCGGAUCGUCGUCCUCCGCGGCGAUGCCUCGCCCGAACCGGGGGGAGGCCCCCUCGUUCUGGUCAACCCCAGCGUCCUGGCGCGGUCGGGCGAGGACAAGAUGCUCGCCUGGCGCGAGCACUGCGGCGUGGUAGCGGCGUCGCCCCCGGCCGCCGCUGCCGACCGGACGGAGGGCCUUCUCGGGGUCGACCUCCUGCGGGACGCCGUCGUCGAGGUAGCCGCGCAGGACCCCACGGGAAGGCCCGUCCGCAGGGCCCUGAGCGGGGAGGCCGCGCGGGCCUUCCAGCACGAGCUCGACCACCUGAACGGGAUCCUGGUGGUCGACCACGCGUCCCUCGACGAGCUGCCGGCGUGGGUGACCGAGCUGGAGGCCCCGUUCCACAGGGCGCGGCAGAAGCGGGCCUUUGCCAGGACCGUCUACGGAGGGAACGGGCCCCUGUAUUGGUAGGCUCGUGUUUGGGUGGGUGGGUUGUCCCUCCGCCGCGGGGCCCGGGCACGAUGGACUCCUCUGGAUGGGAGAGGGGGCGGUGGAACACCAUCUAGUGGUGACUGACUAGGGGGUCGACACGAUACGAUUGGAUCUCGGCAGAUCGCAGCGUAAACGAAAGACGGUAUGAAGAACUACUACCAAUGACAAUGAAUGAGUUCUUAUAGUGUUAAAUAUAUAAAAUUUACGUGAAUCGAACAAAGUAGAAUGCUUUUGGUCCCUUUCUUCUUAGAUUUUCUGAACAAACGAAGUUCCUCUGCUUAUAACAGGUAGCACCAAAUUCCGUUCGAUCCGUUCCGUUCCGUGUUUAUCCCAUUGCUUCGCUUCGCAUCGCAUCGCAUUGCAUCACAUCCAAUCCAACCUUGAAAUACUGUACGGUAGAAUCUCAUCGGGUCUCGUGCAGGCCAUCUCCUCCCUGGAAUGUAAUGUAAAAAACAAUGUGUGUUUGUGUAUAUAUGUCUGGGAUGAAGGACGGGCACGCACAAGACAAAUGUAGAGUGAGCUUUGGACGGGGGCUACUGUAGUAUUUCGACCCAUCCCCGUCAAUACCUUCGUUCCGCUUCUGUCACCAAUCACCACUUUCCGGUGCACCGCAUUCCUUCGUCCCGUAUUCUGUCGCUUUCCGAACAGCCAAACUAGCGAUCAAUGCUACAGCACAAGGCAAUCCAGACAACGCAGUUCCAUUCGAUUCGGUCCGUUUCUUGUCGUUCGCUUGCUUGAAACCUGUAAUAGGAGGCCUGACAGGAAAUAUGCAGCGUAUAUGUUGUCAAUGUGAUAAGGAUAGUGUUAGCGUGAUUGAGGGGAUCAUUCAGUUCAUUCAUUCAUUCAUCGGUUCAUUCAUUUCAAUUUUUCAGAUCAGAUCAGAUAAGUUCAGUUCAAUUCGAAUCAAUUCAAUUCAAUUCA